UAGUCUUCCCUAAACAACAUGAUUCCGUUGUUUAUCAUUUGCUACUUCAUCUACACUACAUUCACUACCACCAUAUUAUCUCUCCUCCUCGGCUUCCGCCUCCUCAGCCGCCGCCUUUUCACUUCGAGCGCCGCCGAGGAGAAUGUCGGAAAUGUCAUCGCACUCUAUGAAGGCACUCUCCAUCACGAGCGGCGCAACCCGGUCCGCAACUCCUUCCGGUUCACCACCCGUUUUGCCCUCAUCGACCUCGACCGUGCGCCCUACGCGCCGCCCACGUACCUCUCCGCCGACGAGGCUCGUCGAAAUGCUAAGACAAAUGGACCCGUAUUUCUUCUGACAACACUUCCAAGUUUGGGAUAUCGUAGCACACCGGUGAGCUAUUACUACUGCUACGAUAUUGAAGACUCCAAGAAAGUUUUCAAGAAAUGUAUUGUUGAGGGAACUAAUACACCAUGGGGAGAAACUAUAACAUUUGUGUUCAAUCCGAGCUCCGAUUCAGUCCCAAAAUGUCAAUAUAUAAGCGCUUUCUCGGAUAUGCUGGGCCAUUGGAGGCUCAAAGUGAGUGAACCAGGGGAGGAUUUGUACGCAUAUAUUUCAAUUGAACAUCCAAAUUUUGGCAAUAAUUAUUUUAUAGCGACUUUGAAAGCCAAGAAAGUGGAAAUCUCGUCUACAACGCCAGAUGAUCUUGAAGCAUUCUUUUGGUUGCAACCCCAUAGAGGUUCAAUUAUUACCUAUUGGAUUGGGAUGAAGCUUUGGUGGAAAAAUGCUCAUUUCCAUGAACAUCCAAGUAAAGAGAGAAUCCAGCAUACAGAGAAGAAUCUUAUAAACGAAAUGAAAAGAAGAUUCAAUUGUGCCCUGCAUUUGGAGGCAACAUUAAUACAACCAAUAACGUUGUUUCACAUGAAGAAACGAUUGAUCGAUGCUUCAUAUGGAAAGAAGCUCCAUGGCCAUGGUCAUACCUAAUUGCAUCAAAAUCGUCAUCUAAAAUAGAAAAAGAAAUUGAUUAGAAGA